AUGGCAGAGCAAACCCGACCUGUUUCAAUGCUCGCUGGUCUGCAGACAACGAGCGGGGCCUUCUCGAGCCUGCUACAUUCGGUUCUUCGAGAUCACACUCGGGUACUUGACUUCCGACUGUGGCCGUCCAACUCCCACCCGACAGCAUCAACCUUCCUCCCGUCGCUCUCUCUCCUGCGCGGUCUCACUGUGCUUGUCCUGGGAUCCUUUCCUCCGGACCACGACGACCUUCCAAUCCUUCCCCAUGUGCGAUGUCUUUCUCUACAGCACACGAAAUUCGUGUCCGCCGCCCAAUUUGCGCGACUGAUCUCCCGGCUCCCGGACGUGUCCGAGCUGAAGCUUGCUUCGGUGACGUGGGGAGACGCAUCGGACGGCAGAUAUCCUCUUGCCGCAUUCGAGGCGCCUCUGGAGCAUCUGUCUGUUCGUGGGUUCCAGACAAACCCCGAUGUACUUACCUGGCUCAGGGCGGGGGCGGAUGCGCCACAGACACAGGGCCUUUCCCUUCAUGUCCCAUCCGCUACACGGCCGGCGAUGAUGCCCGUCUUCGCCAAGUUUAUUACGGGUCUGAACGGGAUUCUGCAGGAUCUGCACUUGGAUGUUUACCCGUGCCCGUCGCUGGAAGAUAAUCUCCGACUCUUGGGGCUCGACACUUUGGCCAGCCUGCGGCGUUUUCGGAUCGGCCACGGGAUUUACUUCUACUGGAUCACGUCUCACUAUCGCCUCUUGCGACCCGUCCUAGGUCUGCAUUCGAUGCUCUCCAGCUUGAUAUGUCUUGAAGAAAUCGUCUUCGAUGUGGACUUGAUGCCCACGGUGAACUAUACACUUUCACCACAAGACGGCAAUGAAUUCCGGCUCAGGGAUCUGGUCCUGCAAACACGCACUAUUCCGAGCGUUCGCUUCCAAAUUCUCACGCGGGAUGCCGCCUCCGCGACAGCACUCGUCCGAUUCCAGGAUGUUCUGCAUCAAGAGGGCAUUUUCUACGAGACUUCUGUCACCUGUGAUUACGAGAGAAACGUCGAGUACAAGGUGUUUCCGUCGCAUUGAAUCGUGUUCUCCUGCGAUUGGUAUUCAAUCCGUGCUCGGUAGACUAUCGCAUCCACCCCCCGGAUAUCCUAGUGCAAUGGCGCGGCCCCUGGUCGCAAAAAGUUGACGCCUCAUCGCAGGACUGGUUGUCCUGAUUCGAGUCGCUUCGCUCGUAUUCGAUGGCAGUGUUUACGUCCAAUCCUUUGGCCCCGUCGCACCAGCCGAAGAAGUCACAGCCUGCGCGACGAAGACUCGCUGCCGUGCUGAAACAGCGGAGAAUCGAGAUGCGGCGGUGUAUGAAGGUGAAAGUCUGCAUCGCGCAGGGAUGGGAUUUCGAGGCAUAAUUACUGAGGCUGAAAGACGUCAUGGAUACCAGGCAGAAACGGCUAAUUCGAUUUAGUGUCGGUACGGUCGUGUGAGAGAAAAUGCAUAUUUAUCAACUAGAUAAGAUGGCAGGCCGUGCUCACUUCCACCUGCGUUCUGCAAGCUAUUUGUGACGCCCUUUGCUGCGGGUAUAUCCACUGGAUGGAGAAGCCUGAUUCAGGAGUCAAAACCGGCAUCUUGAGGCAAAGGUAAGAAGACUCACCGAGUCUGUUCUAACUCGGUCGUAACCAGACGUAGAGCUUUGUCUCCCCCCUGCAUUGCAAUCUUCCGGAUCUUCUGCAGCACAUCCGUGGUCUUCUCGUGAACGCGCUUGAGUUCCAAACAUUCCAGCGUGGUGAUAACCCCCUCCCGGCGGUCUUCGAGGAAUCGGAUGAAGCCAUGACCGAGGGAGAAUCCAUUCAGCAUCAGCGUUACAAAAGAUGGAAGUAGUGCUCGGUCGAUGUCAUUAUAAUCAAGCAAGUCGUCGAACAGCGCAUCACUCCCUGAACUGUCAGCCGCACGAUCGAGGCAGAGAUGCAUGAGCCAGGGCACAAGCUUGAGCAGCGCAGUCAGUCGAUCAUAAACUAUAUCUUUGCCUGAAAGCACGAGCCCACGAGCCACAAGCGUCUCCAGUUGGCGCGGCCCCGACUUCUCGAUCAUCACGAGGAGCGCCCUUGUCUCAGCCCCCAGAGUUCCCGCGCGUAUAUCAAGCUGUCUCAACGAAGGAAAGCUCAUUCGAGCGGGAAAGAUCUGUGAACUUAGCACAAGCACGCGAAGACCAGAUGGAAUCUGCGUCUUGAUCGAGGAUUGAUUCGGCACGUCUCGCAACAGACAAUGCGUCGAAACCCCCGCCAGGAUAGAGAGGGCCGUGGUAAGUGGUGAUUUGCGCCCAGGGUAGCAAAAACAGGAAAUUCCCAUCGACCCCGUACGUCAGCUCCAAGUCGGUCAAGAGCGGUGCGACGGAGAAAGUGGCGUUCCCCGACAAGGCUGGCGGCGGGCGGCGGGUGGGAUGGACAUUCAGUCGCAACCUCCACAGAAGCGGGAGCGCAAGAGGUUCCGCGAAAAGAGGCUCGUUAAACAUGGCCAUCGGCAUGUCGAUAUGCACUGUCUCCCAACGCGCACGGUGAUUGCCCAUCAACAGCAGUACGGUGUCGCAUUCGUGCAGCUGACUGUUGCCGCACUGCAGCUCGAUGGAUAGGCCCUGCCUGCCGCUCCGCUCAAUACAGAGCUCCAACAAGGCCAUUGCAUUGUGUUUGUUCUUGGGCGGCAGUGGGACGUCAUCUUUAUAUGUCCCAUCUGCCCUUUUCCAUAUCCAGCCCACUGGCGUCCCUUGCAUCGUGGGGCGCAUAGGCUGCGAAGAUUAGGGACAGCGCCUCUUCGGGAAGGCACCGGAUCGGGGCAAGCGUCGCGCGGCAAAGAGUGAGGUGCUUUGAGAUCCGUCGCUCGUCCUUCUCGAGAAACAUCAGAUCUGCCUUGAUCUCAUUGAUCUUGUGCAUGAGCUUCGUUCUCUCCGUUUCUGCCAUGUCCA